CGAGUUCCAGGCAUACUUGUAAGUUGUAGGUCACCGUCUCGGAUUGUUUCCCGUCCGUUUCCAUUCUGCCCCUCGGGCCGGUCUUGCAGGUCGUUAAUUUGUUUAGUACGCCACCUCCGCAUUUCCCAUCAGCCACAAUGCUUGGCACUCCAUACUCUCAGCCCGAGCCGGUGGGUGCCGAUGGACCUCGGCAUGGGCCACGGUUCAUCGUACCAGCUGAGAGGGCCAGGGCCGCCAGAGGCCCUGAGCCAUUGAUUCAACAUCAGUGGAUGUCCUUUCCGCUGGUCACCGAGAGAUUGCUCCUUAUUUCUAGUCCCACGAGACUGAAGAAUACCUCUUUCGCAUCAUUCCUUGACAACUUUCAACAGUUCAAACAGCACUCAACAUGUCGGCCCAGAUCCCAAUCUCGGUCCGUGACCGCGUGAGCGAGCGGGCGAAGAAGACGCUGGACGUCGUUGCUAAGUUUGUCGAGGAGGACUGCAUCCCCGCCGACGCCGUCUUCGAAGCCCAGAUUGGUGUUGGUGACGCGAGAUGGAAUUCCCACCCCCCAGUCCUCGAGGACCUCAAGAGGAAGGCCCGGUCCCUGGGUCUCUGGAACAUGUUCCUCCCGAAGGGCCACUAUAAGGAAUCGCCGGGCUACACUAACCUCGAGUACGGCCUGAUGGCGGAGUGGUUGGGCAAGUCGCGGCUUGCUUCCGAAGCUGUCAACUGCGCAGCUCCGGACACGGGCAACAUGGAGGUGCUAGCCAAGUAUGGCAACGAGGCUCAGAAGGCGCAGUGGCUGAAACCGCUGAUGGAGGGCGAGAUCCGCUCGGCCUUCUUGAUGACGGAGCCCCAAGUUGCGUCGUCCGACGCGCGCAACAUUGAGAUGAAGAUCGAGCGGGAUGGCGACCAUUAUGUGCUGAACGGCCAGAAAUGGUGGUCAAGCGGUGCCGGUGAUCCGCGCUGCAAGAUCUACAUCGUGAUGGGCAAGAGCGACCCAACGAACAGGGACCCGUACAGGCAGCAGUCGGUCAUCCUCGUCCCGGCGGAGUCCAAGGGAAUCACCAUCCACCGCAUGCUCUCUGUUUACGGGUACGACGAUGCCCCUCACGGUCACGGCCACAUCACCUUUCACAAUGUUCGCGUGCCAGCGAGCAACCUGGUGCUCGGGGAGGGCCGUGGCUUCGAGAUCAUCCAAGGCCGUCUUGGUCCCGGCCGCAUCCACCACGCGAUGCGGACGAUUGGCGCAGCCGAGAAGGCGCUGGAGUGGAUGCUCAUGCGGAUCAACGACCCCAAGAAGACGACCUUUGGCAAGCAACUGCGUGAGCACGGUGUCAUCCUGGAGUGGGUCGCUAAGUCGCGCAUCGAAAUCGACGCUGCGCGUCUCAUCGUCCUCAACGCCGCCAUCAAGAUGGACGAGCAAGGCCCGAAGGCCGCACUCACCGAGAUCGCCGAGGCCAAGGUGCUGGUCCCACAGAUGGCGCUGACGGUCAUUGACCGCGCCGUGCAGGCCUUUGGCGGAGCUGGCGUCAGCCAAGACACUCCGCUGGCCAGCAUGUGGGCGGGUAUCAGAACCCUCAGGCUUGCGGAUGGCCCGGAUGAGGUGCAUCUGAACCAGAUGGGCAGGAAUGAGAACCGGCGCGGCAAGGCAGUCGCCGCCAAGAUUGCCGCGCAGAAGAGGAAGGCUGAGCAGCUGAUGAAGCAGUACGGUGCGAAGCACAUCGAGCUCGGGUCCAAUAUCAACCGGUCGAAACUUUAAUCUUGGGCAUAAAAUACCAGGUUGUGUGCUGUGUAGAGGUAGAGACAAGUGUCAUUGUACACUUGGCAUAGUUUGCUGCAAAAUGAACAUUUUGCAUUUUCUUGUUGCCA